GAUCCUAUCUGUGUCCUUAGUGAAAGGCCCACUGUCUCAGGCUCUGGCAGAGGCAGUGGGACCCAGAACUUGUACAAUGCCCUGAUAAGCUUCUUAGAGGUGGGUAUUAGCAGGGAUUGGAUAUCUUUCCCCUGAUAUGCCCUUCACACCUGACCCUGCCUUUAAUUAGGAUUCCAUAGGGGAGCUGAGGGUGGGAGAAUGGGGUGUUCCUUGCUAUCCAGCUUCAGACCUACUCUCUGAGACCCUGGAUUCUGAUGACUUUUCAGAACUGAGAGGACACCCAGAUGUCCAGAUUUUAAGGUUUGUGGUUAUCCCCAGCUGGGGUUCAUGGAGAAAUCUCUGAUUACUAAUUUGAAUCCCAGAGAAGGCCCCAUCUUUCAGUGGACAAAAUGAGAGGCUUUGUGUAACCAGGCAUAACAGCCCAUCAUGAGGAAAUUGAUCAGGAUUGGGGUGCAGGAGAGGCGGUUACUCUGGCCAAAGCGGCUUCAUUGGAGUCGCCUCCUCUUCCUAUUGGGAAUAUUGAUCAUCGGCUCCACCUACCAGCACCUAAGGAGCCCCCGGGACCUCCCCUCACUGUGGGCAGCAGUCUCUUCACAGCACCCUACUGUAAAACUAGCCAACCGAGACCUCCCCAACAAUGCGAUGAUGAUGGUGAGCAGUGACACUCCAAAAUCUAGCUCUGAAAUGGAGAGUGAGACACUGGCACCCCAAGUCACAGUGGGCAGAGAUGAAACAACACCUGGCAUAACGGAGAACACCCCUGGUACACCCAGAAGAGUAGCCAGAAUCAUUCCAACAAUACCCAAGAGUGACUAUAGCCAGACAGCAGCAGGCAUGGAAAAAGUGAAGGAACACACCCCAGUCACACCCAGUGGAGCACUGAAUCACUACACUCCAACUUUGAGCAGACCAGCAGUAAAGAAUUACACCCCAACAAUACCCGGAGCAGAAGUGAAGAGCUACCGCCCAAGUCUAGCCAGGGGAAAGGUGAAGAAAUACACCCCAACACCACUUGGUAGAAUGGUAAACAGUUAUGCCCCAUUCACAGUCAUGACAAGGACAGGGAGCCAUGAGAUCACCCCCAGAACAACAGUGAAAGAGAGUGAAAUAAUGGCAACCAACAAAAUAUUGGAAACCAACCCCUCCAAGAGACUAGUGGAGGAAACCACUCCACCUCCUUUCAAGGGAAUGACUGCUAACACCCCAACUUUACUGACAAAUGACUUUGAAGCAGACAUCAUGACUUCUCCAAGGAAUGUGGUGGAAAAGAACACCCUAACUACCCCCAGAAGAGUGGACAAUGACAGCUCAACCAGCCGCUGGGGGUUAGUGGAAAAAAACAAGAUGACAACACCCCAAGAAAUGGUCCUGGAGCAUACCACAGCCAUCUCUGAAGGGCAAAUGACAAUAACCACCACAAUAGGCAGCAGCCCAGCAGAAACAAAAGGCUCUACUGCUGCUUGGAAAGCUAGGCAUCCCUUAUACAGAACCAGUACACCCAUCUUCAGAAUAUCCUCAGCCACUUUCUGGGGGCUGGCGAAAAACCCGUCCACAGCUGCCAGCACCCCAGUAACUCCCAGGGUCAGGGUAAAUCCGACCACUCAGGUCCGUCACUGUGUGGUUGUAGAGCCAGUUGCAGCCGUGCCCACUGCCUCCUCCCCGAGUCUGACAACAGCCAUUAUCCCAGAGGCACCCAGUCUCAGUCCCUCACUGCUGCCUACCAGCCAGCCAGACCUCCACCCCAAGGCAGAAUAUCCCCAAGACCUGUUCAGUGUAGAGGAGCGAAGGCAGGGCUGGGUGGUCCUGCACAUUUUUGGCAUGAUGUAUGUGUUUGUAGCCCUGGCCAUCGUGUGUGACGAGUACUUUGUCCCAGCCCUAGGUGUCAUCACAGACAAGCUGCAGAUCUCUGAGGAUGUGGCAGGGGCCACAUUCAUGGCUGCUGGAGGCUCUGCCCCCGAGCUCUUUACCUCCCUCAUCGGCGUCUUCAUCUCCCACAGCAAUGUGGGCAUCGGCACCAUAGUGGGCUCUGCAGUGUUCAACAUCCUGUUUGUCAUUGGCACUUGUGCCCUUUUCUCCCGGGAGAUCCUCAACCUCACUUGGUGGCCCUUGUUCCGUGACAUCUCUUUCUACAUCCUUGACCUAAUGAUGCUGAUCUUCUUCUUCCUGGAUAGCCUCAUUGCCUGGUGGGAGAGCCUGCUGCUGCUGCUGGCCUAUGCUCUCUAUGUGUUCACCAUGAAGUGGAACAAACAGCUUGGGCUCUGGGUGAAGGAGCAACUCAACAAGAGGCCAGUGGCCAAGGUCAUGGCCCUAGGGGACCUCAGCAAGCUUCCAUCUGUGCUGACCCGAGGGAGCAGCUCGGCCUCUCUGCACAACAGCACCAUCCGAAGCACCAUCUACCAGCUUAUGCUCCACAGCCUGGACCCUCUGGGGGAAGCCCAGCUCUCCAAGGACAAGGAGGUGGAGAGCUUGAAUCAGGAGGCCAAAGCCAAGUUUCAGGCCAAAGCAGAGCGCAGACCAGAAGAGGAGGAGCCAGCCAAGCUCCCUGCGGUCCGGGUCACACCAGCCCCUGCUCCAGACGUCAAGGGAGAUCAGGAGGAGGAUCCUGGCAGUCAGGGAGAUGUGGCUGGAGCUGAGAGCACAGGUGAAAGGACAGGUGAUGAGGGUGACACUCCUGCCAAAGGAGAGCCAAAUGGAGGUGAAGCUCAACUAAAAGGUGAAAGUGAAGAAAAAGAAGAGAAUGAAAGUGAAGGUGACAUCCAGGUAGAAAGGAAAGAUGAUGAAAUCGGAGGUGAAGUCCAAGCAGAAGAAGACCGUGAAAUAAAAGAUGAAGAAGGUGAAAUUGGAGAGCAGGAAUCCAAUGCUGAAAAUCAAGGUGAAGCCAAAGAUGAUGAGAAAGGUAUGGAUGGUGAAGGGGGAGGUGAUGGAGAUGACAGUGAAGAUGAGGAAGAGGAAGAAGAGGAGGAGGAGGAAGAGGAGGAGGAAGGGGAGGAGGAGGAAGAGGAGGAAAAUGAGGAGCCUUUGUCCCUGGAAUGGCCUGAGACCAGGCGGAAGCAGGCCAUUUACCUCUUUCUCCUGCCCAUCGUGUUCCCGCUGUGGCUGACGGUACCUGAUGUCCGGAGGCUGGAGGCUAGGAAGUUUUUUGUUAUCACCUUCCUGGGAUCCAUCGUGUGGAUAGCCAUGUUCUCAUACCUCAUGGUGUGGUGGGCUCACCAGGUUGGUGAAACAAUAGGGAUUUCUGAAGAGAUUAUGGGUUUGACAAUCCUAGCAGCAGGCACGUCAAUUCCUGACCUUAUCACCAGUGUGAUUGUCGCUCGGAAAGGCCUGGGAGACAUGGCCGUGUCAAGCUCUGUGGGCAGUAACAUAUUUGAUAUCACUGUGGGGCUGCCCCUUCCCUGGAUGCUUUUCUCUCUUAUCAAUGGAUUACAGCCUGUUCCUGUCAGUAGCAACGGCUUGUUCUGUGCAAUUGUCUUGCUUUUUCUCAUGCUGCUGUUUGUGAUCUCUUCCAUUGCAUUAUGCAAAUGGAGAAUGAACAAGAUCCUGGGCUUCACCAUGUUCCUCCUGUACUUUAUAUUCCUGAUAAUCAGUGUGCUGUUAGAAGAUCGAAUCAUAUCCUGUCCUGUAUCUGUCUGAGUCAGAGUCAGAGUUGCUGAAAAUGGACAUGGAUCAGAAAACCAUGCCAGAAGUUUUUGUACCUCUUGUUAAAUUAAAGAAAGAAUGAACAUGAUCCAGGAGAGUGAGCUGAGUGGCCCAGAGCGAUGUGGAUGUGCUCUGGGACUGAAAUUUACAAGCCAUCCCGUGGAGGCCAGUGCAAGGACCCGAGACAGAGGAUUUUCUAAAUGAGACAGUUCGGGGUGAGGGAUGGGGCAGGUACUAGAGCAGUAAGACAAGCACUCAUGUUCAUAGUUCCCUGAUUAUUUCUAAAGGGCUGCUGAGCAAAAAAAUGCAGGUGUGGUCUACAUCUCACCCUCCUGGCCCCUGCCCCCAGCACAUGCUGCAAUUUGCUGUCUCCUCUUUUUCUGUUCAGAACAUGUGGUUUGAUCAGGUUUGUAUUCACUAUAGGUUCACUUAUUGGUGAGUUUAAAGGAGCAAAGGCUACAUGAAGAAAAAGUGUAGCAGGAAUCCAUCGUCAGUAUAAUGGUGGUUCAGUAAAAUGUGUACCAGUAGUUUAUAGCUUCAGAGGAGGGCUACAUGUGCGCUCACUGUUGCAUUUCUGAAGAGUAAAAUAAAAUAAGCAGCCCCAGAAAUUAAAAUUUAUAAUCUUCCCUUGAAUUGGAAGAUGUGGGUAAUAGGGAAUGAAAACUACUCUGAGGGCUAUUUAAAAAUAUGUAUUAUUAGGAAAUCCAAGUUAGUGGUGUUUCUAUCAGUUGGUCACCUUGAGGGAUUAGACAUUCUAACAAAGCUGUCCUGGCUCUGUGCCCUUGUCCCUCAUAUCCUCACCCAACAGUGAGAGCUGCUACCAGUGAGGGAAAAGGAGUUUAAAAAAGAGAGUCUAAAGUCACUAGAGCCCAAUCUGGUUUAUAAAGUAGGAGAUCCAGUGGGGCAAUGCUAUUUUUGUAUGUCAUCCCAGAUGGGAUUAUAAAGCAAGAAGAUUGAUUUCCUGUGUGGCUUACAAGUGGAUAUUAGGCAAUUAAUUACAAAGGAGAAAUUCCAAAAAUGCUCAACACAAUGACAAGGUGGUGAAGAAGAGUAUCACUACUUACAGGGUAGCUGGUGUGUAAAGGUUACCAGUGUUUUUAAAAAUUGUGUGGUUCAACAUUUCGUGUGGAAGUUGAAGUGCUUAUAUAUGAAAUACUACUGCAUGCUGCUUUUACUGGCAUCAAGUUAAGAGGCACAUUAAAAAUGAAACAGUCCUAUAUCACUGGUUAUGGAACAAAAGGAACUCAGGUGAAUGUGGUUUACGACGGCAAAUGUGGCUUUAAUUAUGAACAUGAGAGAGGAUGCACUGAAGACCAGAAGAUGGCAGGACAGGUGUGGUGUGGAAAAAACCGAAUAUUUUGAUGUUGGAAGGGCUGUAUGUCAGUCCAUAAUCCAUCUUUUAAAGCGGGCUGGUUAAUUCAAUUCAUGGCCUCACCACUCCAGGAGUCAUUAUUUGGAAAUCACUUUUACUAAAUUUCAAUAAAUCAUGAGUCCCAAUGGUAUUUUCUUUUACAAAAAUGGACAUGCAUUCAUCCCUAUCUUUAGGUCACUUGGUCAGAAUGCUCGGGAGAAGACCGAUAAAGAGUAUGGGAUCAUGUUCUAAUUACAUAUUCUUAAAUUAGUUAUCCUCAUUCCUGAUGCUGCCUCACUGCCUGGUUACCACAUGCUGUGGCCUAAGGACAGAGGAGAAAGCAGUGCCUGUGGAAGGGAGAUCCCAACACCAACACUCUGGGCGCCAGCCUGGAAUCUGCCACCCAUCUCAGCUGGCCUUGAGGACGUCAUCUCCUCACCGAUUGCUUGGAAGCUCUUCUGCAGAACAACUGUGUGAGGAAUGAUGGACGGCGAAGCGUUCUGUAAUGAUAGAGUGCUGGACCGCCACUUAAUGAUUAAAAUCAACUCUAAUGAUCGAACAUCCUUUUUCUCAUCAGUUUGGUGAAUUUCUGGCAUUUCUCUUUGCCUAGAAAAGCAGUUCCAACUUCACAAUGUGACAGAAAAGGGGCAAAUACAUACGAUGUUGAAAGCUGGAUUUUGAUGGAUGAGCAGCUCGUGGGGAGAAAGGAGAUUUCAAGGAGAUGGAAAACUUAUGUAACUUCUAAAAGAUCAACUUGUUAUGCUUGGAAAUUAAAACGUUGUCAUACAUUAUAAAUUAUAAUUUAUUAAAAUUGUGCUGUUUUAAAGGUAAA